GAAAGAGAUCCAGGUCUGCUCGACCUCAAGAACGAACUUCGUAUGGUUCUGCGCAGAUACCAAUGCGGCCAUUUAAACAUUUGCAUGACGGUAAUUUUGAAGUAACACGUCGAAGAUUAUGCACGAGAAUUGCUUCCAAUACCGACGAGAUACCAUUCAAGACUGUUGAUUUUAUGGAAUAUCUUGACACAGCUGAUGUGCACCUAAUUCAAAUAACCGCGGCAACAUGGCGGAUAAAAUGUCUGACGGUAGUUAUUAGAAAAUGUUUGCCACGUAUAUGCUCAAUAGCAUACCCGGGUCACUGUUGUAAAGUUGGUCAAGUAUUGUGUCCGGAUCAGUCCGGAUUUCUUCCAUUAUACAUAUCUGCACAACGAGAGCAAAAUCGAUCUAGAAAAUCGAGAAUCGAAGAUAAAAGAAUCGAUUUUCUACAAAAUCGAAUUGGAUCGAACAUCCCUACCAGCAAUCCUAGGCGUGAGGAGGAGACAGUUGGAGGUGUUUUUCUCUGUUAA